AUGUCGAACCAGCAGGGAGCAAAGAUCACCGUUCAUUGGCUGAACAAAUCUCGCGGCCAGCGUGUUAUAUGGCUGCUCGAAGAGCUUGGCCUUGAGUACGACAUCGCGGUCUACAAGCGCGAUGGAAACAAGCGCGCGGGUCCCGACCUGAAGGCCGUCCACCCUUUGGGAAAGUCACCCGCUGUGACUAUCAGGCCCGCAAAUUCUGAGAAGGAUAUCGUCAUCGCUGAGAGUGAGACGAUUAUGGAGUAUAUCUGUGACCACUUUGGGAAGCAGUUGGUUCCUACGCGUUACCCUGAGGGACAGGAGGGUGUACUUGGUGCUGAGACUGAGGAGUGGAUGAGGUACAAGUUCUUGAUGGACUACACCGAGGGUAGUCUCUUUACCAUCCUAAUCCUGGCCCUAGUAACAGGAAACAUCAAAAACGCCCCAGUGCCCUUCUUCCUCAAACCUAUUACCAACGGCGUCGCCUCCAAGAUUGACACUGGCUUUGUCGACCCAGAGCUAAAGACGCACUUCGACUUCCUCGAGGACUACCUUGUCAAGUCGCCUAGUAAGGGAGAGUUCUUCUGCAGCGAUAAGCUUACCGCAGCGGAUAUCAUGAUCCAUUUCGGACUUGAGGGCGCGACGCAGAGGUUGCCGUUGAGCGAGACAAGUUACCCCAAGUUGUACGAGUACAUGAGGAGGUUGCAGAAGAGGGACGCAUACAAGAGUGCUGCAAAGAGGGUCGAAGAGGCCAGUGGAGAGACGUUCGUUCCAUUCAGUGACGCAAAGUUGUAG